AAUCAAUCCAAUAAAUAUGUCUCCCAGACAGAAACAUGUUUACCACUUAGCCCUCUUCACAGUUUGUCACCAAGUUGGGCGAACAGCUGCCGUAUCUUGUGGCGACGAGUGGACCACCUUCGAAGAUUCAAAAUGUCUAAGGUUCUAUGAUAAUUUUGAAACUAAAGAUGUAGCAAUCCAGACGUGUGCAUCCAUACCAUCAGAACCGACUAACACGGCACGCCUUCUAUCCAUAAAAUCACAAUCGGAGCAGAAUUUUCUCAACACGUGGAUAUUCCAGGAUUUGGGGGUACUGAACAGCGUUUGGUUGGACGGAAAUCGAUUUAACGACACUCAGUUCGUCCGGGCGGACGGGGACGCAAUGUCGUUCACAAAUUGGAACGACGGAUUUCCCACGAAUCAAACUGCCGACAAUCUCUGCAUUGAUAUGUCGCCCAAGAAGGAUCUAAUGGGAGUAGGUGCCACUGAGAAUGGAAAGUGGAAAGACGUCUCCUGUUCGAAACGAAAUUUAGUCGUUUGUGAAAAGAAGCCAAUGUUGACCGUGUCGGACUUACGAGAUAUAGUUUUCCAAUUGCGAAGUAACCCGGUUCCGAUUGGAUUCAUCUAUGUCCAGCUGCCACUUCAUCCAUCACCACGAACGUUAUGGCCCAAUAUAAUUUGGCGCGACGUCUCGAGCAUUUACGCCGGGUUGUUCUUCCGGACCGAGGGUGGCACUGCCGCUGCUUUUGGAACAGUACAGGCUGAAAGUAGUAAUCAUCUUGGUUUCGUUAGUUACCAAUACUCCACUGGUCCUUAUAAUUCCUCCGUUGAGCUUCCGAGUACAGGGUGGGCAAGAACCGUGGCAGCCGGGUUUGCUCCACCUCCACCUUAUCUGUAUGAAGGAUUAAACUUUCGAAAUACUGGAAAUGAGACUCGUCCGGAAAAUAUGGCUGUUGGAAUUUGGGUGCGGGUUUAGUAGUACAUACGUAUGUUCUUCAUUCGUUAAGAGUAUGAAUUGUAAUCCCAGAGUAUACCUGCAUACGUACAUAUGUAAGUAUGCAUGAAAAAUAUUACCUCUAUUAUACAAGUAAAAACUUAAAUAAUACUCAAACUAAAUUUGAUUAAAGUUUACUCAAUUUUGAGUAAAAUUGCCAGUGUCACAACUUACGAGUAAAAGUUAUCCAAGGAAAGUUCAAAUUUAUCCUAAUUUAAAAGAUUUGUGCUCAACCUUGAGUAAAUAUGUAUUAUUCAACAGUUGUGUUACUUACCAUAAAGUUCACUCAACUUUAUUUACAGUGCAUUAAUUUUUCAGUUUCGCUAAGGUGCAAGUUAGUUUACUAUGUAGGUAGCUCCAGGCUACUUUACUGUGUAGUCGAGAGUUUUAAUUCCUUAGUAUUAAUUAAUACAAUAUAUAUUAAUCGUGUGAAAACACUAUUCAAUACAUUUGUUCCCGUGAGAAUGAAACAUAUUUGCCCAGGAUAUAUAUUUUUCCAUUGACAUUCGUUUGAAAUAUAUAUUUUUAGUCAAAUUUUCUUAUGCUCGUUGCACAUAGGAUUCUUAUUUUUGUAUUUUAAUCUGGUUUGAGUUGUCCUCCUAUUUUACGUAAAUCCGUGGUGUAAAAGAAAUUAAAGCCUAUGUGACGUAAAUUUUUCGUGCAAUUGGCGAUGUCCUCUUCGCCUUUGUUCAUCGCCAAGUAUUGCCAAUACUUGGUACAUACACAUUAUGCAUGUACCAAAUUGCUUACGCGUCGAUACUUGAUUUCAUCAAGAACAAAUCGGCUCACUUGGCCACACAUUGCACGAUUUUAAAAAUUGAUCAAUAACAUACAUAAGUAUUACAAAGUUUACUUAAAUGAAAUGGAGUAAUGUUACUAACCUACGUGUAAUAUAAAGGAAGUAUUAAUAAGAUGAUUUGUAAAAUUUUAAAAUUGAUUGGGCUGCUGCCAAGUCAAAAAGGAAUAAAAUAAUAAUAAUAAUAAUACAUAAGUAUUACAAUAAAAUAAUAUGUAAAUAUUAUGUAUAUAAAUAAUAAAUGUUAAAUAAAUAAA